ACAACAAGACAAGGACGAAGAGAAGUAACAACGCAAACCUUAACUUCCAUUAAACAGAAACUCUCUUACCUCCUUUUUUCGUCACUUUUUUGCUUACAACAUCAUCAUGCUUUCACUUCCUCGUUAGUGUUGUUAUCUUUUCUCUCACAACUCUUCAUUUAUUUGCCUUCACGCUGAAACCAGUUACACAUAAAAGAGAAGUGAAUAAUAUCCAAAGGAAACAACAACAACACUUGUUUGGGUUGGUGGGUCGAGUUCAAGUUUUGAUUUUGUUCACCUUUUCUGGGAUUCUUUGACAGAGGAGAAGGCGGAGCUGAGUGGUGGAAAGGUUAUGGCCUUUUGGUUUUGCUGCGGAAAAUCUUCUUGUCGAAGGCGAGGGAAAAAACAUCCUACUUGGAGGGUGUUUUCUUUGAAGGAAUUACACGCUGCUACAAAUAAUUUCAACUAUGAUAACAAGCUUGGAGAAGGGGGAUUUGGCAGUGUGUACUGGGGUCAACUAUGGGAUGGGUCUCAAAUUGCGGUGAAAAGAUUGAAAGUUUGGAGCAACAGAGCAGAGACAGAAUUCACCAUGGAACUUGAAAUAUUGGCACAAAUACGACACAAGAAUCUUCUGAGCCUUCGUGGGUACUGUGUUGAAGGACAAGAACGGUUAAUUGUAUACGAAUACAUGCCAAAUUUGAGCCUUCACUCUCAUCUUCAUGGACACCACUCAUUCGAAUGCGUUCUUGACUGGAAUCGGCGGAUGAACAUUGCAAUUGGAUCUGCUGAGGGAAUUGUAUACCUUCACCACCAAGCAACACCUCAGAUCAUCCACAGAGACAUUAAAGCAAGCAACGUGUUGCUGGAUUCUGAUUUUAAAGCCCGAGUUGCUGAUUUCGGAUUUGCCAAGUUGAUCCCUGACAGUGCAACGCUUGUGACCACAAAAUUUAAGGGCACCCUUGGCUACCUUGCACCAGAAUAUGCUAUGCUAGACAAAGCUACUGAGAGUUGUGAUGUCUACAGUUUUGGCAUCCUCCUUCUUGAACUCGCUAGUGGCAGAAGACCAAUCGAAAAGCUUAGUUCCUCAGUGAGGCGAUCGAUAGUUGAUUGGGCAUUGCCAUUGGUUUGUGAGAAGAAAUUUGGUGAAAUUGCUGACCCAAGACUAAAGGGUAAGUAUGUGGAGGGAGAGCUUAAGAGAGUUGUUUUAGUUGCACUUAUGUGUGCUCAAGAUCUUCCUGAAAAGAGACCAACCAUGCUUGAUGUAGUGGAACUACUCAAGGGAGAAUCUAAGGAUAAAUUUUCUCAUAUAGAGAAGAGUGACAUGUUCAGAAGCGUCCUAGCUGUAGAAAGCAGUGGUGGGACAUCAGUGACUGAAGACAGUUUGGACUAUAUCUCAGAAGAAAAAGAAAUGGAACGUCCCUUGAAAGAGAAUAAUGAACUAUGAAUAUUGAAUUAUGAUAAAAAGAAAUAAAAAUGUAUGAGUUCGAGGGGUUGAAAGUUGAAUAUAAGUUAUGAGGGUUUAUUUAUUUUUGUCGUUGUUAUUGCAAUUUGCAAGACAACACUGGGUGCACAUUGAUUAGAUUAGCAUGGAUUUGUUUAGUGCAUGCGUGAUUGUAUGAGUGGUUGGGGUUUGUUCGUUUGUGCAGUGUUUUAUUAUUCUCCUUGUGGUUACCAAUUUGAUAUCUGCAUCGUGUUUCAUCCUUGUUACUGUGUUGUAUUGCUAGUAAGUUUUGGUGAA